AUGUACCCCAAAAAGAUUAAUAAAACUUUACAUAUUGGAAGAUAAAUCUAAAAAGAUGAUUCAAUUAAAUCUCUCAUAAUUGAUAAAUUAAUUUAAGAUUAUGGGAAAAAAAACUAAAUAAAUAUCAAUGUAACUUACUUAACAAAAAAUAUUAGUUAAUAAAUACUUAUGUGGAAGAUUUUUUUACAUUUUAUAAAGCAAGCGAAGGAACUGUAAGAGCACUUAAAGAAGAAAUUAAAGAAGCAAUUUUAAGACCUGAAAAUGAAAAACAAUUAAUGAUUCAGAAAUUACAUUAGCGUAUAUCUAGUAUGAUUGACAAUUUAUUGUAAUAGGAAAAUAAAAAGAAGAAUAAUUAAAAAUUUUGACUAAUCCUUAGUGUUUGGUAACAUUACCUGAUAAAAAUGAUGAAUAAAACAAUUUUUAUAAAAUGUAAAAUAAAACAGAUAACAAUUCAAAAAUAUAGUUGAUUAACACUUUACCAAAUGAUUUAUUGGAUGAAAGAAGAAAAUCAAUAUAUUAAGUUGAUGGUUCUGUAGAUGAAUGGGCUGCCAUUAUAAAAUAUGAUACCUUAUAAUUUAAAAAAGAAUUAGAAGAAUAAAAGAAACUUAUGUAUUUUAAUUAAUAAAAGAUAAAAGAAGAAUUAGAUAGAUAAGUAGCAGAAAAAGAAUAACGUAAAUAUAAAGAAAAACAGGAAGACAAAUAAUAUUAAGUUAAAAAUUAAUAAUAAUUAAUGGAAUUUGAAAGAUAAUAGGAAUUAAUAAAGGAAAAUAAAAAGUAAUAAUUAUUACAAGAGAAGUUUAUUAGAGAUUAAUAAGUUUAGAUUGAUAAAAGAAAGAAGUAAGCUUUAUAUAUAAAAUAGAAAAGAGUAGAAUUUAAAUACAAGAUAAUAAGAAGAAGAAAUGCUUACCAAGGUUAAAGAACAAUUGAAAAUAGAAGAUUAAUAACAGAAACGAAAGAGACUUGAAUAAAAGGAUAAAUUCCAAUAGAUAUUAAAAUAGAAUGAAAAUUUAAGAAAGAAAGUAAAGUGUAUUUGAAAAAUAGGCAUAAGAUGAAAUCACAUAAGGCAAAGAGAAUGAAAAAUAAUUAUAAGAAUAGUAAUUAAUAAAAGAACAAUUUGAAAAUGAUAGAAAAGAGAAAUACUAAAAAGACUAAGAGGAUUAAGAGGACAAAAUUAAUUAAUUUAUGAACAAUUAUAGUCAAUUUGUUGUGAAAAAUAAAAAGGAUCAUUAUUUAUAAGAUGAUUACUGGACUAAAAAGAAUAGUGAACAUAAUACUUUUUUUGAUUUUUAAAAUAAGACAAAUAAAAAAGAACAAUAAAUAUAAAUUUCAUAUGAUCUCUAAUAAUAAAUUCUAGAGAAAAAAAGAAGAUAUACUCAAGAAGUAAAUGAAAAAAAAAUACUUUUUGAAUAAUAACUUUAGGAAUAAAAGGCUUUGAAAAAACAAGAUGAAGAAAGAAGAAAUGUAAUAUAUAUCUGAUUAUUUUUUAUAGAAUAUUAGAUAAAUGUAUAUAUUAAAUCAAGAAGAACUAAAAAAAUAAAUGGUUAAAGGUUAUUUAAGUUAAUCUCCUAAAAAAAAAACAAGUCCGAGUGAAAGAAUGGUGGGAUAUGAAUUACUACAAAAUAAGAAAUUACUAAAAAAAAUAGCAAAUGAUAAUUCUAUAGGAAUAUCUAUUAAAAAAUAAGAGAUAUCUAUACCUUUUUGA